AAGAAAAAGAAGAAAAAAGGAAAGAGGAAAAGGAAAGAAAGAGCAGGGGAGUGGGAGGAGAGUUAGCUGGUCAGCACUCUUCGUAACCGAUCUUUCUUAGCAACAGCACUCCAAAAAUAACAACAAAAACAGACUCAAAAUUCAAACAUUAAAAAACCCACCAACAGCUGUUCUUAUGGAUGUGUUUAGGAUCAAUUAUAUUCAUCCCCUUUAGCCAUUACCUUCUCUGUCUCUCCUUCUAUCAAUCCCAUACCCUUUUUCCCUUUCUUCAUUUUUACUCCAAACUGUGUAAUUGAUGAGAUAUCAUUGGAUGAGGAAAACACUGUUCUGGGGGAAAUAUUGAUUGUUUCAUGGGCAACACAUGCCGUGGAUCUUUCAAGGGGAAACUUUAUCAGGGCUACAGCCAGCCCGAGGAUCAUUCUUCCAAGCGCAACAAUACUUCUUCUGACCGUUCCAAUUCUGAUUACUCCCCUACUAGUUUAAACGCUCAACAACUUAUUGCCCAAGAAUUCUCCAAAGAAACCACCAAAAAAGAUACCCAUUUGGCGCUCAUUAGCCCCAACAAGAAAGAUAACAUCAUGAGACGUGGAAUUGAUAACCAGGCUUAUUAUGUUUUGGGUCAUAAGACUCCUAACAUCCGUGACCUUUACACUUUAGGCCGUAAGUUAGGACAAGGACAGUUUGGGACUACUUACUUAUGCACUGAGAUUUCUACAGGCAUUGAGUAUGCCUGUAAGUCUAUAUCCAAAAGGAAGUUGAUUUCCAAGGAGGAUGUGGAGGAUGUUAGGAGGGAGAUUCAGAUAAUGCACCAUUUGGCUGGUCACAAGAAUAUUGUGACAAUUAAAGGUGCAUACGAGGAUUCCUUAUAUGUGCAUAUUGUGAUGGAGCUUUGCUCUGGAGGUGAAUUGUUUGACCGUAUCAUCCAGAGGGGGCAUUACAGUGAGAGGAAGGCGGCUGAAUUGACUAAGAUUAUUGUUGGGGUUGUUGAGGCUUGCCAUUCACUCGGGGUUAUGCAUAGAGAUUUAAAGCCUGAGAAUUUCUUGUUAGUUAACAAGGAUGAUGAUUUUUCUCUCAAGGCCAUUGAUUUUGGACUCUCUGUCUUCUUUAAACCAGGCCAAGUUUUUACCGAUGUGGUUGGAAGUCCAUAUUAUGUUGCUCCUGAAGUACUCCUCAAACAUUAUGGACCAGAAGCAGAUGUAUGGACUGCAGGCGUUAUACUCUAUAUAUUGCUAAGUGGUGUGCCACCAUUUUGGGCAGAAACACAACAAGGAAUAUUUGAUGCAGUGUUAAAAGGACAUAUUGACUUUGAUUCAGACCCAUGGCCCCUAAUAUCUGAUAGUGCAAAGGACCUAAUCCGCAAGAUGUUAUGCUCUCGGCCUUCAGAGCGGCUGACUGCUCAUGAAGUAUUAUGUCAUCCUUGGAUUUGUGAAAAUGGGGUUGCCCCAGAUAGGGCGCUGGAUCCAGCUGUACUUUCUCGUCUCAAACAGUUCUCUGCAAUGAAUAAAUUAAAGAAGAUGGCUUUACGGGUAAUAGCUGAAAGUCUCUCUGAGGAGGAGAUUGCUGGUUUGAGAGAGAUGUUUACAACUAUGGAUACUGAUAACAGUGGUGCAAUCACAUUUGAUGAACUCAAAGCUGGUCUGCGAAGAUAUGGCUCUACCUUGAAGGAUACAGAGAUACGGGACCUUAUGGAUGCAGCUGAUGUUGACAAUAGUGGGACCAUUGAUUAUGGGGAAUUUAUUGCUGCUACAGUUCACCUUAAUAAACUAGAGCGUGAGGAACAUCUUGUUGCAGCAUUCCAAUACUUUGAUAAGGAUGGAAGUGGCUAUAUUACAGUUGAUGAGCUUCAGCAAGCUUGUGCUGAGCAUAACAUGACAGAUGUUUUGCUUGAGGAUAUAAUCAGAGAAGUUGAUCAAGAUAAUGAUGGAAGAAUCGAUUAUGGUGAAUUUGUUGCCAUGAUGCAAAAAGGCAAUGCAGGAAUCGGUAGGCGAACCAUGCGAAACAGUCUGAAUAUGAGCAUGAGAGAUGCACCAGGCGCUUAAUAAUUUCUGGCCAUGCAUAUCAUGUACAGAUUGUACAGCAAAGGCAGAAGAAGAUGAUCCGUGAUAAAGCUUCAAGGAAACAGUUUUGGCUCCUCCUGUGCUCCAGUACUUUGUAGCUGCAGAAUUGAUUAUGGACGGUUCUUUGUUUGAGCAUUUACUCAGAAGCUAUUGGUUUAUAAUUCUAUAUGACUAAUCACAAGCUUUGUAAACUUCACGAGUGUGAAUUGUUACAGUUAUUCAAAUUGCUAAGUUAUUAGCGAUGUCUUUAAUUGAGGCUUUAUGUUGAUUUUUGAAGGAAAGGAUUUGCAGA